AUGACCACUAAGCCAACAAAACACUUUCAAAUCAUGACCUCCACCUCCACCACCUCUCCACCCGCCCCGCAAUCCUCCGCGUUACCGCCCUCUCACCCCUUCAAUCCCGAGAACAACCGCAGUACCUCACCGCCUCCACCCCUAGAGAACUUCGACCAGCAAAUCUCAAUCGUCUCCAAAGUCACUCCUCUACGCGAACCCCUCUUGCGCCUGGAAAUCCGUGACCUAUCUUCCAAAGGAUCACAGGCCUUUCUGCGCCUCGUACACGCCUCGCACGCCCUCGACCAUGCCGUCAACGUGGUGCUUAAGCACCUCUACACCGGCUUGGAUAAGACAUGCAUCCCAGACACACGAUCCGUGACACUGAUACUGCGUGACAUGGACGGUGUUGCGUACACCACCGGCCGAGAUAUUGACGACGACCACAAGGAGAUACACUUCAACACGCGAUAUAUAGCGCAGGUCUCUGAGUCGCGGCAAAAGGACGAGAUCAUGGGGGUUUUGGUGCAUGAGAUGGUGCAUUGUUGGCAGCAUAGCGGAUGUGGGUCUGCUCCCGGCGGGUUGAUCGAGGGCGUGGCGGAUUGGGUGCGGUUGAAGGCUGGGUAUGCGGCGCCGCAUUGGAAGAGACAUACGGAUUGCGACUGGGAUGCUGGGUAUGAACGGACUGGCUAUUUUUUGGAAUGGCUGGAGAAGGAGCAUGGUGAGGAUGUAGUGAGGAAACUCAAUGAGGGAAUGAAGACUGGAUACGAUCAACAUAAGCUUUGGCACGAAUGUUGUGGGAAGGGUGUCAAGCAUCUGUGGGAGGAGUACAAAAAGAGUUUGAAGUGUGAUGAGGGUGAAAAGUAA